AUGACGCAACCCAUCAAAUCACCUCAAAUCCUCACCCCAGUCUCAGACCACCCGCAUGAUCCACCCCAUCUUCAUCUUGGAUCAGAUGGGGAGGAACGCGCCCAACCCGUAUCUCUACUCACGGCGUUGAUCCACUCAUCAGAUAAGAAACACCCUCAAUCCUCUGGAAUCAUCUCAACUCACUCAUCCACCCCUUCCACCGCCUUCUCCAGUCCCCAACGACCUAGUCAUGGUAUCCUCGCAAAAUCCCCCGAGAUUCCUCCACAUCAAUCCUCAUCAAUACUCAGACGCGAGAGCAACAGCGGUCUGUCUGAUGAAGGGCAUACAGGUCUAGGACUAGGGGGGAUGGAAAGUUUGACAAACCGAUUGGAAAAGGUCGAAGAGAAGCGAGAGCGAAUAGGAUGGGCUGAUGAGGUAGAACAUCCUCCCCGCCCGACCCUAAAAUUCGCCGUCGCCUCUCAUCCCAAUCAGACAGCACCCCUCGAUGCCAACAGUGAAUCCGAUACCGACGAUGGGUAUCAGGAAGAUGAAGAGGACGGCUUCGACUCCGAUGACUCUCAAGAUUCACAAAUCGCCCCUCGCUUCCCUUUUGCCCGUUCCACAAACUUUGAACAACACCCACGAUACAUCGGAUCAACCCAUAUACCCACACAUCAAGCCACACCCGCACCAGCUCUGCUACCUCCACCAGCUCGAAGAGGUCGUGGUCAUAUCCGAGUGGAAGAAACCUCCACUGCGCAAGACAAGACGUGCUCUCGUCAUCGAAGUCCCCCUCCCGUCCGCUCCCGUUCGUCCAGCCACCAUCGAUCUUCCAGAUCAGCCCCUCAUAGUCCUAGUAGUCGGUUGUCUGAUGCCGGACCACGGAACGGGCGCGCUGGAAGUCCCAUGCCAGCUGCUCCUUCUGAUGAUCCAGAGGACGAGGAAGAUGAUCAAGUCGAAGAGGAGGAUUCGCCGAAAGAGAAGGAUAUCGCGGCAGGCUGGCGAAGCGACGAUGCGGUGUUCUAUGGUCCAAAGGCUCGACAAGUCACCCCAAUCCCUCGACCUCGUCAGCGUCGUCAUAGCUCAGCGCUUGACCCCGCCGUCUUCGUUGACUCGGACGACGAGGAGAAGCUGGAUGACAACAACAAACCUAGUGCGAUCGGUAAUUUAUUGCGUAGAGCGUCUGAACAUAUCCCCGGCUUCCGAAGACCUUCUUCUGGCAUGGACCGAGUAAGCUCCGGUGGUGCAAGUGAGUCUGGCGUAGGCAGAUCAGUCCGAUCUCAGACCCCUUGCCCUCCAGCUCUCGAUAACACCCCGGCCCUUGCCCAAAACCGAUUUUCUACCGAUAUCAACGACAUUUCCGGUGGUCUCGCUCAUCGAUUAGAGACCGCCUUAUCGAUACCGUCUGUGCCGAACUCUGCUGGUCCAUCGAGAUCUGGAUCAAUCAACCGACAUCGGGAGCCAAUCCAUGUACAACCUGCCACGGCUCAGUCUAUACCGACAUCCCGAGGGAAAGAUGCAGAUGAGCAUCUGGGAUGGACUGAAGAGGCCUUGUUAGAGAUUCGCAAGUCAAGAAAUUCCGAGCAUAAUAUGUGA